GUAGUCAGUCUGUUUGGAGACGUCGCGCAGAGAAGGUGCGCACGGGCUUUUUCCCACGCAGAUCACUGCGCGCGCGAGGGAACAGAAAGCGAUUCGUUUCUUCUUUUCUUCAAGACGUAAAUAACUCAAGAAUAAAAGAAAGCCGUGAUACGUUGAGAAGUUGUUGUUAGCUAUGGAUUCAAUUAGGAAAACGAAAACUUAAAGAAUUAACAGUUAGUGUUGUGAGAAUCUUAUAGAGUCUGUGAAGAUUAUGUUCGUGCGUGGUUGUUUUCGUGACACAAUUGGUACAUAACCUAACCGUCUUUGUGCGAAUAAUAAGAAUUCGUGUAAAGAGAUUGCAGAAGCGCGUUAUGAGCAGUGCAAACUUUAGCUGCUAGAACGUCUAUCCAUCAGUAGCAGCGGCGGCAGCAGUAGCGUGUGUACGUGCUACCGUGGACAGAAACAAAUGCCAAAACUGAACUGAGUGACACUUGUUAGAGCAGUCAGAAACUCGAGCCAUAUUUCAUUUUAUGCAGGUCUGUGUACAAGGACUCGAGGCUUGGAAUUACCAUGACCGACGGCCUGUUCUAAGUUACAAGAAACUUUCGUUUGUUUAAUCAAAUAGGUGCUGCAUUGGGGAUGUUCUUAUUUUACUUAGAUAUAGACAGUACUAAAGUCGUCCCUCAUAAAAGUGGUUCAUAACAGAGCGAUACAGUAAUACUUAUACGGAGACGCAAUAGAAUCUCAGUAAGAACAUCGUUAAAUGACGUAUUAAAUUCCUAUUAAGACAGUCUUUUAGUGACGUUUGACCUUGGAGGGCAAUCUGAUAAUGCAUGUUAGUGAAGAAAAGGCGACCAGUUUAGGUAGGCAAAUAUUUCAGAUCAAUUACGGCAGGAUUAAAGAGAGUUAUUGAAAAAAUAUUUUAAUCAGAAGGGAAUAAAAUUAAUGUGGAAUAUGUUGUGUCAGGUACUGUAGAAGAAUAACGUAAAUGUUAAAAGUACAGUGCCAAUUUUGAUGUGUAAAUGUUUAAAUAAUUUCCAUCAUUACCACAAACGUAUACCUCGACUUAAACUAAUAAAGUGUUAGACUGAGAAGUUAUUAAUAGAAAGCCACUUUCGUACUAAUGUAAUUUAAAGAUUAUUUUAUUUUUAUGAACCAUAUACUAUUAUGGGUGUCAUUAUCACUAAUUUGUAAAGAACAAUUUAGCACUCGGCAAAUAAAUGGAAACAACCCAUGCGUAAAUUAUACAACACGAGAAGUGAAUUAAAAUUGUCAGUGAAAUAAUAACAAAAAGGUACAACAGGGAACCAACAGUUUAAUUACCACAUUUUGCGAGCUUCAUAAAACCCACAUAUGCGACUGUUCACUUUGUGGUAAUAAUAAUACUAUAAAAAUCCAAUAAAUAUUUUUUCAGUAGAUGAAUAAAGUUAUAGUGAAUUAACAGACUAUACAAAUUUUGGCUAAUAUGUAAACAUUAGGUAUAUUUACAACUCGGACGUUGUUUACUGUAAAACGCUUAGUUACGCUCACUUUGAGAACUUUUUUGGAAAUUAAUUUAGCAGUCACUUCAGACAAAACUGGAGUUACGAUAUUACAGACGAAAAGCAUAAGUUGUACCGUGGCAUAUUGAUAUAUGCAUACAAUGCAGGUAGCGCGUAUUUAGUUUUGUAAUAAAACGUUAACACGGAAAUAGCAAAGCUCACUAAAUAUUGUGUGAUUCAUACAAACGGUAAAUACUAAAUCUUCGUGCACGCACGAACAUCGACCGAACGAGUUUAAUAUUCUGUAGGCUAACUCAGGCUUGUUCAGUAACUGUAUCAUGACAUGUGUAUUAAUUAAAGUGUUAUUGAAUAAGUGCUAAGACAUUUUACGUUGUGUUCUGUGACUUACUAUUUGAGACUCGUGUAGAGUGACUACAUUUUCAAACGUGUUAUGUGCCGCACGGAAUCAUGUUGAUCGGUUAACACAGCACCGACUGACCUGAGACAGGUGCAUGGUAUGACGUCAUGAAACGGGGCCCAUUUUCACCAAUCAACGCGCCGCAAUGGAUACUGUGGUCUUUCUUCGUGUCAUCCUUCGUCAUUAUCCCAUGUCACUGCAUUGUAUCCGCUACGUCAUUGUCGCAUUCUUUGCGUCAUCAUCAGCACGGCUCAGGGGCCAGUGGAGGUCUUUCGCGACCAACCCCACGAGAUGACCUUGACCUGCCUUCAGAGUCUCCUUUGACUUCUGAUGAUCUCUACCGCCUGUCUACAGCUGUCCCUCCAACAACUGUGACGCCAUCUCCAGAAGUUCCCACACCCCCCCGGAUCAUAGAGUUGCCUGUGAGACAGCACAGGGAGGUGCACUUGAACUGCGAACUUGUUGCGGCGAGCAAUGCCAGCUCCAAGCUACGUGCUAGCAGCCUCGUGUGGUUCCACGACGGCCGUCCGGUGGACGCCUUCAUUGUAGACAAGAACACUCGGUCCGGGAGUGGAUUAGGACACCGCUACAUGAGAGACUUCUUGACCGGGCAGCUCCGAAUUGCUAAUGCAAGGCUGGAGGACGAAGGUGUGUGGCAUUGCGAGAAUCGAGAUCCUAUCACUGGCAUCGUCAUUUCGACUGGAAAACCCACACGUAUCAUCGUCCUGGAACCGCCAAGGUCGCUGUACCUCGCAGUGGACGGGCGACGACUGGACCCUGGAAACCUUUUUCUGCCUGUUAAGGAAGGCGCCGAGCUAGCGGUGAGCUGCGUUGUAGAGGGCGGUCAUCCCCCCGCGAAUCUCGCGUGGCUUCUCAUUCCUCACCACACGCCGGGUCUCAACACCAGUGGCGGCAGUCAUGCACACAGCAGCGAGGCGCAUCUGGCCACCGUGCUCAGGGCGCACCAUAACUCCACGGUGACUUGCCUGGCAAGGCACCAGGCACUCACUCACCCCCUCAACCAGUCACUGAAGUUGCACGUGCAAUAUAGUCCAUCGUUUGCCAUCAGUCGUGUUCCUGGAUUUGGAUUCCCUCUGAGAGAAGGCAUUCCCGUCUCUUUGAAGUGUGAUGUGGAUUCCAACCCUCCUGCGAGUCCUGUUUGGGUCAAAGACGAUGGUGCCCCGCCUGUUGCGCAGUCUGGAGACGGUUUUCUGAACUUCAGUGCUAUCCGUCGGGAACACAGCGGUUGGUACAAAUGCACAAGCCGCCAUUUGCUGGGGGAAUACAGCUCCAUCGGAUACUUCCUCAACGUUAGAUAUGAAGAAGGACCGGAAGUGACGCAAGAUCCAGGCCCUGAUGGGGACCCAACAUCAGAUGGUCACCAGGUUGAGGUGGCUCUCGGUGGCGCCGUCCAGUUACAGUGUCCCGCAGCAACACCGGGGGGCUGCUGGAGUCGUGUGGGUACCGGAGGACGCCUGCAGCCAGUGGGCUCUGGUCCCGAACUGACACUGGACAGGGUGCUGUAUCAGGAAGCAGGGGAGUACCGCUGCGUGGUAGGGCAAACGCCUCCCGAGCUGGACCAGUGGCGUACAGGCUUGGACGUGCAACUUAUCGUUACCGGUCGCCCAGCUGUGUACCCUGCCAACAAAACUUUGACUGCCGUCACCGGCCAGCGUCUGUCUCUCACUGUGGAGUUCUGCGCCAAUCCACCGGCGUCCAGAGCCGUUUGGCUCACGGAUUCACGCGUUCUAAGGCCCGGUGACGUCACAGACACAAUAAUCGCCCACAACAUUACGGCUGGAAGUUCUGAGUAUUGCCACCAGGCUGUGCUGACUCUCAUGAUGGUAACAGAAAGCGACCAGGGAGAGUACGUGUUCCUGGUUCGAUCCCCGAGAGGUCUGGCUGAGGGUACGGUUACUCUGAAUGUUACGAGAGCCAGCAGUUUCUCAGUAGCCGCCGCCAGAGCGCACCAUGUGACAGCUGCAGCUGCAGCCACCGUUCUCUACGUCCUGUCCGCGUGGCUUGUCGCCACCAACUUGAUUUAAAAUCAGUCCGCAAAUCCCUCUGUGUAAAAAAGGAACCCCAUUGUGAAAUUAAUAAAAUACCCUUCUGUUGUUGUUGUUUUUGUUGUUGUGACUGAGUACUUAUAGUAUCUCACUGCCUGUGGUUUGCUGAAGAAUUGUUUUCAAUAAGCUGCAUACAGCUAAAGCGUGGCCUAUGACAAUUCCGUCGGAAAAACCGUAAAUGUAUAAUUAUGCCUAAUCUACGUGGGAUUAAAUUAAACCUUUGGUGAAAUACGGAACAAUGACAACACAAAGUCAUGCGUACUGAGUCAUGCUUCAACAACAAAUUCUGAAACAAAACGCGAUUGUCGUAACAACACGCCAUGCAUUCUUUGGAAACGAUGCUGUGUGUACGUGUUGUGUUUGUUACACUGAAUACGUAUUAUUUUGAAAUGGACAGUGUUUAUCAUUAAAUAAAAUAUAUUUUUGUAUUGAAUAUGCGAUCGUCAGAUUAAGUCUGAUAUAUAUUCACUUUCAUUUCUUUAUACAUGCGUGAUUGGUAGAAGUUAACGUAGUGACAGUUUCAAAUCAAGGAUGAUUUGUCCUAAAGCAGGUGUAGAUAGGACCGUAAUAAUAUUAUUAGUAUUUAAUUUAAUUAUUUAACGCAACUCUAAUGAUGUUUAAGGCAGUAGAAGUAAACACAAGAUUCUGCAACAUUACGAAAACUAAGAGGUAUUCAGUAAUUUCUGUGGUUGAACCCCAAAAAUCAUGGGUAAAUUAGGACAUUUCUUUCAUAUUAACGGAUGUGUAAGAAUGAAUAAAACUCCGUUAAUAAGUUCAUUACCGCCAGGUGGAUUUCUGUGGCCGCUUUCUUCGAAGUGUUGAACGUUGCCCAACAGAACGAUGGCCGAAGGUAAAUCUGACCGGAGUCAGAAGUCUCCCGAUCAACAUCUCUCGGUCGCGUAAAGAACUUCAGUCACACGCAUACUCACUGCUGACACAAAUUACAUUGUCACAUGCAAGAUUAGCUGGAAUUUCCUUGAAAUAAACUCACGCGGUAUCAGUAGAUCGUGAGGCUUUGACUUCCCGCCAACAACACUUGGCUUUAGUGUGUGGCUUUGUGAUGGAUAACGCUUAAAGGUUCUCCAGGAAUGUUAUUUUCUUUUUCACUCUGCUAAGUAUUUAUUCGUCUUUCGUAUAUCACGUGUAUCGUCUUCGUUAUCAUUAUGGAUUCGGUAGGUCCCUACAGUUUCCAAACGUAUCAGCCUAUUAUUAGUGUUAGUUAUAUUAUAAUUUAUAUCUGUAUGUGAUCACGCUGUGGAAAAUAAUGAAAAUGAAUUUUAUCAUCCUUAUCGUGAAAACCAUUUUUGUUAAUCGGCUGUGUAACAAGAAUUCAGAAUCUAAGAAUUCUGUAGCUUAUGCACUUCUACGAGAUGAUGUUUCAGGCGAUCGGGUAUAACAGGAUCGAGUCGAGAUGUAAGUUAUUAAGAACAUAUCUAGCAGGAUUCCGACUUAUUUUGUAACUGCGUGUUUCAGUUAACUUCAUAUUGACUGCUUGUCAUUCAAGUGACGUUACUUAUUCUUUGCUGGAUUUGGUUUAGCAACUGAUGAGUAUUACGAAGCUUGGAAACCUAACUUCAAGAGCAUGUCCUUCUGUCAAGCUAACGUAUUACAGGAAAUAAAUGUGAAAAUGUGGCUGAAAUUAUGUUCGCCGUAUAUGACAGUGCAAGUUUGUCAUAUUGGAUAAUAAUAUUCAAAGUUUCUGCUUUUAGUCGACUUGUAUCGAAGUAGAGUGUACCUAUGUUUAUGAUGAUACAGAAGAAUUUUAAACACAGAAAUAACAGAAUAAGUCAAUUAAAUCUGCAGAUGAAUUCGUUAUUGCAUUCAGUGUAUAAAAUUACAUGUUUUCAUGUAGACAAGACAUAAUGUAGUAAAAAUGUGUACGUGUAUCAGACUGACGAUAAGAAGUUGCCUACAACAAAUAUCAAGAGACUCGAUCCUACAGAGAAGUAUAACUUCAGUCACUGCCGUGUGCAUGGUUCUUAUUGUGGAAGUGAAGAAGUGAAUUUGAGAGCAACGUUAUAUAAAAAUUUCGCCUAUACAUGGUUUAAGAAAUUAACUGUUCAUAAAUGAAGAUUAUCUAAAAGCUCAGUAAUUUGUGUAUAAAAUAUAAUACAGUAUAAGUGAAUAUGUAUAAAGUAUCUAAAACUGACACCAAAAUAAAGAUAUUUGUGUUAUCACUGUAUACGUCCAAUAAAAUUACAUUGUGAAUUUAAA